AUGGAAUCUCCUGCAGACACAAACCUGGGAGGAUCCGACGAGGAGUCCAGGCUGAGGUCAGAGGAGACAAGGACGAGGUCGACGGGCCCCGUGACUUCCUGGGAGGCGGAGCUGACAUCGAUCCAGCACUCACUGAAGUUUGUGCUGAAGCUGAAAGACGAGUUCAUUUGUCCGAUCUGUGGAGGAGUCGUCCUCAACCCACAGCAGAACUCCUGUGGACACAUCUACUGUUUCCACUGUCUUCAGACACUGCUGGAAACUUCUUCAUCGUCCAGUCCAGUUUGUCCAGUAGAUGGUGCUGUGAUCACACCAGCUGAGGUUUUCCAGGACAACUGCUGCAAACGAGAAAUCUCCACUUUACAGGUUUUCUGCACAAACUCCCCAGCAUGCACUUGUGUUGUCACUUUACACCACCUACAGGAACACCUGAGGUCGUGUCAGUUCGAGCCGCUGCAGUGCAUCAAUCCAGGCUGCAGGGCGGUGCUACAGAGGAGAUUCCUGCAGGAACACCUGACCGACACAUGUCCUCAGCGCACGGAGUCCUGUCCUCACUGUGGACAACCUCAGCAGCUCCACCUCCUGCAGGAACACGUUCAGAGCUUGUGUCCAGAUGUGGAGGUGGACUGUCUCAACACCUGCUUCCAGAAGGUUCUCAGACACAAGCUCGUGGAGCAUCAAGAGUUGUGUCCUGAAGUUCACGUCAGCUGUUCAUACAGCAGGUUCGGGUGCUCUGUUCAGGGUAAAAGAGGGACAGUGGACGUUCAUGAAGACGCUGCUGUCAAUCAUCACAUGCUGCUGGUGCUGAGGAGCAACGACCACCUGGAACAACAGGUGGAAGUUCUCCAGCAGGAGGUGCUGUUGAGGCAGCAGGAGGUUCAGACGGACAGUUUGCUGCUCGCUGGUCUGCAGAAAAAGAUUCGACCGCUGCUGCAGCAGAGUGACAUUCAAGAAAGCGACGUCUCUGCGUCUCAGAGGACGCAGAGCAGGCAGGACGACGUCCUGUCCACCGUCCUCUUGGACGUCCAGCAGGUGUCUCGGGGACUUCCUGGUCUGGAGGAGCUGGAGCAGCUCAGACGGUCUCUGGACGCCGUGACACAGGAAGUGUCGACGGCCGAGGCGCUGAAAGAACAUCUGGGACGUGUGGAGGACAACGUGAAGGACCACUCGUGUCUCCUGGAUCUUCAUGAAGCUCAGCUCAGCUGUAAUAAGCAGCGUCUUCAGGAGCUCGAGGCCACGUCGUACGACGGCAAACUCAUCUGGAAGAUCCAGGACUUCAGGAGGAAGAGAGACGCAGAGGUCAGAGGUCAAACGCCGUGCCUGAGCAGCGUGCCGUUCCACGCCGGACGCUGCGGCUACAAAAUGGCCGUCAAAGCUUACCUGAACGGUGAUGGCGAAGGCCGCGGGACUCACCUGUCCCUGUACGUGGUCCUGAUGCCUGGGGACUUUGACGCGCUGCUGCCGUGGCCGUUCAGACAAACCGUGUCUCUGUCGCUCCUGGACCAGAGCGGCGCCGCCGACCACCGCAGCCUCAGCUUCAGACCCGACCCCGCGUCUAAGAGCUUCCAGCAGCCUGAUACCAGGGCUGCGAGUAACCUGGCCGUGGGCUUCUCCUGCUUCUGUCCCCUCGAUGAGCUCCAAGACACCAGGGAUGCGGCAUACGUCCGAGACGACACGCUGUUUGUCAGAGUGAAGGUGGACAUGUCGGGUUUAGACUUGUGA